AUGCUGAAGAAAGAAGGAGUUGCUGUUGUUGAAACUAUAUUAAAGCCGAUGCUAUCAAAACAGAAUUCAAACUCAAGGUCAGAUGGGCUUGAUGAUGAAGCAAGCCAUUAUAAUGAACUGGAAAGAGAAUUACAUAAUCUACAACAACAGACUUUACUAGACUUUAGGAGUAAAAAGUUACCUCCAAGGUUUGACAACAUUUGCACAGAUGGCUUGAACAUUCAUGGUACAGCAGAGGAGGUGCAUGCAGAUGGCACGGCUGGUGGACCGGCCCGUGCGCUCGUGUUCUCUGCUAAUGUAGUGAAAGCUAAAGUAAACUCUCGCUUCAGUGCGUCUUACUCCGGGGUGGACCACGCUGUCGCUGCUCCACAACUGUAUGUAGCCGUUGUGCAAUUAGAUCAGCUGGGUUUAGCUGCGCUUGGAGAAGAGAGGUCCCCCCUCAAUUUAUACCUCAUAAUCAAUAACCCUGAAUCUCAAAUUUACAACCACGACGACGCCGUUAGAAUGGUACCCCCCCCCACGGUGUUGGCGGAGGCUGCGGAAUUCGCUGGUGGCAGGUGGCAGCACAUGCGGGUGGCCGUGCAAGUCUGCGCGCGAGCGUGCGCUGCCGGUCUCACUUCGCACGCGCCUUGGCUGGCGUUCGGAUUGCAGCGGACUCAAGGUCAAGUUGGAGCAAAACUCCGAGAUACUAAGAGAAGAGUCGUACGAGUGGGAAUUGGCCAAGUUUGUGGUGGUGGUUUUGGGUCCCCCGUCACUGAUGGAGCGCGCGAGCCUGCUAGUGGACGGUGGGCGGCUGGAUGCGGGUCACUUCGAGCGGGCCCGGGUCCUCCGGGCCCCGGGAGGCCUCCUCCGCGACGGACAACAACGCCUGGGGGCUCCGCCAUGCUGGCAGUCGCGCGCUUGUCAAAUGGGGCACUCACGGAAACCCCACAGACUUCUAAAGUAAGCCUGUGUGAACGUGGGACCCCUAUCGGGUCUCAUAUUAAGCGUGUUUCCCUGAUCAUCAAUGAUGAUAUGGUGUAUAAUGACGAGAGUGGAAUGACGUCACCAUUGAACCGUACCACUACCAAGUCGGCUUUUUCUGGUUCUCCGGGGUUGAAGAUGAUGGAAAAUGGUACCUUUAUCAAGGAAAUGUUAAAAUUGGCCAAAGAUCUGAUGAAGAUGACCUCGUCCUUCUUCCCAUGUCAAACUGGCCAGAAUAGAGAAAAUGUGCCUUCAAAAGAAAGAAACUCGGUUGUUGCUAGACUUCCAGUUUCAAGAAUAUUGGAGUCAGUUAAAGAUGAUAUUGAACGGACGAUGAGAUCAUCUCCGUUGAAGGAUAUUUUUCAGCGGCGCGACGUGACAGACGACGCGGACAUACGGGUGGAGAGACGAGCGUGCGAGGGAUUUACAUUAGCUUGGAAUAGGAUAGAUGAAAUAGUCAUCGAGAGAGUGGAUGAUCCGUUUGAGGUGAAGUUGCUGCGUGAUAAAACUACGAACUUCUUUGAGGAAAUGAAUAUAAGGAGAGUCAGAAAAGGACGUACCAUGCUGGACGCUAAGCGGUCUCGAGCUGCGCCACCGCCGCGUACACGUCUUGUGGCGUGCUGCCUGGCUGGAUUGAGAAUUUUAGCGUUGGCUGAACCCAGUACUGCAACGGAACACAACGCAGCCACUCGUCGGGCUCCGGGACAUCGACGCGGACAGUCCCUGGCCCCGAGGAUGGGGCGUCGAGUUCACUACGUUUGUGGUGCCGCUGUCGUUUUGAACCAAGUAUCCCGCCCCAUCGUUGGAUCCCUCGGCCCCGCUCGCGUGGUGGGACAAAGUGAGACUUACCUGUUUCCACGGACGACUGACUGUCAACUGCGCCAAGUUCACCUGUACUCCUCCACGUGUCUCUGGACCCUUACAACACCACCGAGGAAAUGGAGGUCACUUUGGACCGACCUGGUGCUGGAUUGGACCAACGGUGAGGAAUGUGUUCAAGCAGAACAAAACAAAGAGCAUGACUCGUACCGCGCGUUCCGGUCUCAGGGCCUCGACCUACAUCUGAGUAUGGAUACCAAACCGAUCGAGGGCGACGGGCCCGUGUUACUGCUGUACGGGGAGCACGCUGCGCUGGUUUUGAGAGAGUCUGAAGCUGAUCUUAUCGGGCACCACAAGACCGACCCGCCGCGUGGACGAGCCUUCAACAACAUGCGUCCGCGACGACCGCAACUCUCCAGACAACUACAGGAACGUGUCCGUAUCACUCACGCUGCACAAUCUACAGGUUUCUACUGGUCGUCGUCGUCGAUGCAGCGCGGUAUCGAGAUGCUUGUGUGUGCGCGUCACGUGCGGGCGCUCCCGCCACCGCCUGUCGCUGGUGCCGGGCGGGGACUCGCUCAUCCGCCGGAGCGCGCGCGCUGUGGGGCCACGCUGUGUUCGUCGGUGUUGAGCCCGGCGGCCAUGGAGAAGUGUUACUGUCUGUCAGUCCGGCGCGUGUCCGUACGGCCGCGAGGCCGGGCGGGGGAGGGAUCGCGCCCCUCCGCGCACCGCCUGGCCGUGCACGACCUGCGGGGCGCGUGGACCAAACUCAAUAGAGAUCUGGGCCAAUUGAAGAAAAAAUCUAUCAACAAAGGCGUUGAAGGAGGAAGAGAGAAGCCGACUACGUCUCCGAAACAUCAGCGUGAGGGGGACGUCGUGUCUCCUCCGCCAGCCACUACUCAAGUGGGCUUGUCAGGUUGUGGUGGUGGAGCCAACAUGUUAGCGGCGCUGGUGGCGGAGGCGGGCGAGGCGGGAGGGGACGCGCCCCGUGGUGUUCAGCGACGAGGCUGGCUGGAGCGGAACGACGCGCCUCAACACACGCACGCUCACACACACACCGCACACGGGCGACAUCCUGCUGGACGACGAAAACUCACACACCGCCUGUCUCAAGAAACAUCCCAGUGGGGUGGUGGGUCCCUGUGGAGGAGAUCGAGGAAAAAAACGGUGGGGCAGGGCGCGGAGAUCAGCACCCUGCCCGACGUGCCGCGGCUCGUGGGCAGCGGACACUCGGCCGGGGGAGUCAUCGGCAGCACUGUGGGGGGCCCUCCGCUGACACUGGACUGGCAAACAGCUCCAGCGUAUAGUGUCCUCGGUGUGCGUGUGAGUUUCUACUACGUGUCUCACGAGGAGGGUGAGGCUGGCGGGAGCGGCGGCGCGGGCUGGGCGGAGUCCCCGCCACCAUAUGGACUCCUUCACCCUCAUGCAUCACGACCUUGA